CAGCAUACUGUUCAUCUCGCUCGGUCUUUCCUCAUGCAGAUAGUAAUUCAGACCCCCGACAGCUUCUGUCUAAGCUUCAUUCUAUUGCCUCGCAGCAAAGGCGCAGAAAGUGCUCAUAGCGGGUCGCUGUCCAGAAAUCUGUUAAUUUGACCGCGCGCUGUGCACGGGUGCUCCUGACGGCAGAAGACCCGCAUACAACCCACUUCAUCUCCGCUCGAUAGGCCUCGUCAGGACGCUGCUUCGGCUUGCAUGUGCACCUAAGCCUUUGGUACAAGCAAGACAAUCCAUACACCAAUAGAAACCACAUUGCUGCAUCGCACACCAUGUCAGAUCGCGCCGCAGCCGUCUCGCGGCUCGCAGAGCCUUCCUCGCGCGGCACGCUCUCCUUCGCCUACCGUCGUUCUGUCGUCGCCUUGCAGAACGUCUUCGGCCUCAACCCGACGCCAGCGCAUUCCUCAGAGCAGCCAGAGCGCCAACCUCUGCUGCGGGAUGCGGGCGCAGGCGUUGGCGGAGCUGCAGGCGACUAUGGAAGCACAAGUGGGAAUGACGCUGGCUCUGCGACAGAUGGGUGGGAGAGCAGGAUCCGGAAGCCAAAGACGGCCAUCAGUCCCGUCAGGGUGGAGGCGAAGGUCUGGUUUGCGAACGAGCGGACCUGGAUCGCAUGGCUGCGUGUAUCGCUUUUGAUCGGUUCCUUCGCCUUGGCCAUGUUCAACUCGGCCUCCUACUUCGAGCAUCUGACCGAUCCCGCAACACCUGGCGGCAAUCGCGACCCUCUACCCGGCGGGGAACCCGGUCCGGAGAUGCCUCCACCAGCAUACAGCCGCACAGACGCGCGCUUAAUCCGCAUAUUCGGCGGCGUGUAUGCCAUCAUAGCGAUCCUCACGUUGCUUUGGGGCUUGUUCAGCUACCAGAGAAGAGUCAGCCUGAUCAGAAGGAAAUAUGGUGGUCCUUUGGACGACCUCUAUGGGCCUCCGCUCAUCUGCGCGGCGCUCUUCGUGGCUGUGCUCGUCAAUUUCAUCUUCAAGGUCAAAGAGUAUCAAAAUCAAGGGCAUUAGCUUCGCCUUCCAGGUUCUGUAAUGCCAUGCGCGCCAAAGAGCGAACAUGGAAGAGAAGGAAGGGAUGCCGAUGCGAGUAAGAGGCAGCAAUCCAACACAGCUCUCUCUGGUGACAGCUAGCGAGCAAGAUAAAAUAAAUUUGUGUAUAUCUAUUGUCAAGUACGCACGCAACACCGCCCAAUUAUCACAGUGCCGGGAUCGCUGCAGCCUGUACAUUCUGGUCGUUGAGCUUUCGCCUUGCUCGCCGUCUUGUCCGUCACAGCAGUUCGGCUGUGAGAGGAAGCUGCCACGGUCAGAUGUUCGGACGUCGCAGCUCAUGAUUCGUGAUAG